UUAAUUUGUCUAAAUCUUACUGAAAGUAGAAAUGUUUUAUGUAUUAUGGUUUGUAAAACAAGAGUUAUGACACACCUAUCAUUGACACUAUGGAUAAACCUAUACCUACCCGCUUUGAGUGGACUAUCCCAUUGACCUAUGACCUUACAACUAGGAAGUGUGACCAGGGGAAACCCCAAGCAAAACUAUAAAAACACUUCUCAAGAAAUUGCAGCCGUUUUGAGACUUCCCUCUUCUUUGGAACAUCCAGGUUCCGACUUGAAGGAUUUUUUGCCAAAGGAGCAUUUCUUUACCAAACUUGACCAAGACAUUGGAGAAAAACAGUAAAGGAAGCCAUCCAAAAUCCCAGAGUUUUUCCUCACCCAUGUUUCUGACUGUCCCGGCUUUUAUUCAUGUCCAUCCGCCGAACAUUAUCCAAGAUCUCCCGUAGAGUCAUGUCAUCUGACUCGGACCACAAGUCCGCUACUCUGGAGGCCGACCCGCUGGCCACGCAACCACAGAAGGCGUGGGACCAGAGGAAGGUCGUGCAGACCGCAGCGAAGGUCGAACCGGUCCCCUUCGACAAAGAGAAACCACCAGGACAUGUACGGUUUGUUUGCGUGUCGGACACCCACUCCAGGAGCGACAGAAUGGGAGCGAUUCCGGACGGGGAUGUCUUGCUCCACGCGGGGGAUUUCACCGACCUUGGACACUUGCAGAAGGUCAAGGACUUCAACACUUGGUUAGGAACACUUCCCCAUCCUUAUAAGGUCGUCAUUGCUGGCAACCACGAUCUGACCUUCGACCCCAAACUGAUGCAAGAGAUCCGGGCGGGAAAUCGCCCCAUGUUCUGGGCGGUUCGCGACGAAGAAGCAGAAACGGCGAAGUCGCUUCUCACCAACUGCAUCUACCUGGAGGAUUCUGAAACCAACGUCAUGGGGAUCAGGAUUUGGGGGUCACCGUGGCAGCCUUGGUUCUAUGACUGGGCGUUUAAUGAGGAGAGAGGAAAGCCCAUCCUGAACAAGUGGAACCUCAUCCCAGAGGGGGUCGACAUUCUGGUGACGCACGGACCUCCACUGGGUCAUGGUGAUGUCACCAUCACGGGUCAGCAUGUGGGGUGUGUGGAUCUCCUCAACACCAUCCAGAAAAGAGUCAAGCCAAAGUACCACAUCUUUGGACACAUACACGAAGGUUAUGGCAUCACAACAGAUGGAACUACAACAUACGUCAACGCCUCAGUUUGUACAGUCCGUUACCAGCCUGUCAACCCACCAAUCAUAUUCGAUCUUCCAACACCCGAAGAAGCCAUGAAACAGCUUGCAAAAGAACUUGACCUUGACUAAAUAAAGAAAGAAUGUAGCCAAAUUUUAUUGCACAAUUGUGAAAACUAACAUGUAUGGAAUGAUUUUAUCUGCAAUUUUCUCUCUUUUUUAAGUUUUACAGUCAUAUGAUAAUUUAUAUAAUAUUCCUUCAAUGUAAUGUAGAAGGAAAGCUUGCAAGGAAAAUUGAUAUUAUUUUGUACAAAGCAGAUUACAUAUCAAAUUUUAGACACCAAGGGUUUUUUGCACAAUAAGACAUGUAACAACUAUAUUGCAUGGACUUAAUGUUUGUCUACAAAUAUUUGAUGAUAUUCUAUGAAAUGAUUUACUGCAUGACUCACUUUGUUCAUGGCUGAUACUAUGAAAUAGUGAGACUAAAUUAGGGUAUCAAAAUGUUUUUUUGUGUGUGUAAUGUUAAUGGUUUUUUGUCUGUAACGUUAAGGAUCUUCUCAAUUUAUCGAAAUAUGCAGCUGAUUUGUAGAUGACAAGGAUUGCAAGUGUCAUCCAGUAAUUUUAAUAUCAUUCAUCAUAAGUAAUACCUUCCUUUUUAAAGCCGUAUGUCAUGACAGUAUGUAUAUUAUUAAAAGGAGAAACUGGAGUACGUAGGAUUAUUGUAAUUUAAGAUUUUUUCCAUUUGAAUCUUCUCACUAUGACCAAUUGGUAAUUUUAUCCUUGACAAGUUAUUAAUCUAAUACACAGAAUAUGCAACAAUCCAACAUCAUCUUACAGUAAGGAAUACUUUGGUGGGGUCAUAAGCAAGAAAAAUGGUUUCAGAGAUUCAAAUUUCUACAAUGUGAAUUGAUGUAGUAAAAUAGGCAAAGCAAAAUAAGAAUUUUGCAUCAUCUCUUGUCCUGAAAAAAAGC